AGGCGUAACACAGAGACAGAAAGAAAGAGAGGGUGACAUUGUAGAAGAGACAGGGUGAGAAAGAGAAGAAGAAACGGAGUGGAAACUGUCAAUUUCUUAGAUCUGAAAAAUAAAAAGUGGCAGAAGAUCUGUUUUCUCAAUUAAAAGGCAAGUUUUUAAAGCCAGAGUGAUUAAAAGGAGCAAGUCAAGAUGGCCAAUUUUGCUGGAACCUGGAAGAUGAAAAGCAGUGAAAAUUUUGAAGAACUCCUCAAAGCACUCGGGGUGAACGCUAUGCUGAGGAAGGUGACCUGUGCUGCAGCCUCUAAACCCCACGUGGAGAUCCGCCAGAACGGUGAACAGUUCUACAUCAAAACCUCCACCACCGUGAGGACCACAGAAAUUAACUUCCAGAUAGGACAAGAGUUCAAUGAGGAGACCGUAGAUGGGCGGAAGUGCAAGAGCUUGGUCACAUGGGAGACAGAGAACAAGAUGACCUGCAGGCAAACUCUUGUGGAUGGUAACGGCCCUAAGACGUACUGGACUCGAGAGCUGAGAGGGAACGAACUCAUUCUGACCUUUGGGGCCGAUGAUGUGGUGUGCACACGGAUUUAUGUACGGGAAUGAGCACGGAGGUGAACUGGAUGGAGGGAUACUCCAGCACUUGCAGCUUUGGAGGGAGGAAUAACAUUUUUUUCUUCAUUAUUAACUUGCACUGUAGUGUGUUAGUCGAUACUUCCUUCUGUUGUGACUUCAUCACCAUUUGUCUAUUCAAUUUAAUCAUUAGAUUCAUUUUUAUAAUGUUUCUAUUCAUUUUCUAUGUGCAGUGUUAGUCAAAGCCUUGCUCAAGCUCUUAGAUGAUUAAGGUGGGCCGGACAGGCGGGGAACUGAGCAGGCCUGGUGAUAGUUAUAUUCAUGGAUAUCUCACAGACAUUCUUUGAACACUUGUAAUGGUUUACUGCAGCCAUAUCUAAUGAUCUUAAUGAACUUUUUUCAGUCCUUGGCUGUGUAUGAAAUAAUAAAGGCUGUUAAUUGUUAAUUA